UCUGUCCAAGUAUGAAUCCCGUCUACAGAUAAAUACUCGUCUGUCUGACAUCUUUUCCUAGCCUUUACUUUCUGUCCUUUAUUUCUGCCGUGGCUGUUCACAUUGCUUUGCAGUUUUCACGUUCCAACCUCUAUUCAAAAUUCAAUCUCAGUUCUCAGAUCAAACAAAGAAAAAGCAAUUCUUCUGCAAAGGAAAAUUAAAAAUGUGUUUGGUAUUUCUGUGUGAUGAAGAGGAGAGAGAGUUGGGAAGACAGCAGGCGCCUGGGUGUUGUCCGCACUGUGGGGGCAAAGUAGAAGCUGUGGAUGUUGAGAGCCAGUGGAGGUUCUGUUUCUUAGCCAUUUGCUUCAAGAUUAAGAGAAAAUAUUCCUGCACCUUAUGUUCCAGGCGUUUGGUCUUGUCUUACUAGCAAACUUCUAGACUCCUAAUUUCUUCUUCUUUUUUAUUUAUUUAUUUAUAUUUCUUUUUGGGAAUGUUGUUGAGAAUUCAUUUCUUGAAUGCUUAGCAGACUUUUAUGUUUCAGGCCAAUGUGAAAAAAUCUCAAAGCAUUUGAAUGGCGGCCAUCGAAUGCUUUGAUCCUCAUAAUUGUAGAUGCUCUGCUUCCGUGAAGGGAGCGGGCGGAAGAAUCAGAGGUUAUUUCCUUUAAGGUGUGUUCGGUAUCAAACGGAAAAUAGCAACAGAAUUGUAUGAAAUUAUUGGUUAGAACUUAGAACACAAAGUCUUUUCCCAAGUCCCGACUUCCGACUAUUGGAUGAGACAUGGUUUUUUUCAACUUGUACUUUUUUUUUAUUCAUGCCAAACACGCGAUUAACUUUUU